AUGGAGCUGGCUCUCCUGGCCAUCCUUCUGGCUCUCCUCCCCGGAGAUCUGCAGGGGAACGAGACCCCUCAGGUUCUCCUGGCUGACCUCUCCAGUGCCCCGGAGAUAUCGCUGGAGGCAGUGUGUGGGCGGCCAAGUCCCUCCAGUCGCAUCCUGUUAGGGCAGGACGCCAAGUCUGGCCAGUGGCCAUGGCAGGUCAGCAUCCAGGAGUAUACGACUCACGUGUGCGGAGGCUCCCUGAUCGCUGAGGACUGGGUGCUGACUGCUGCCCACUGCUUCAGCCAAAACCAGCCAUUGUCCGCCUACUCUGUGCUGCUGGGUUCCAUCUCCUCCUAUCCUACGGCUAACGAGCCAGGAGAGCUGCGCACUGUGGCCCAAUUCAUCCUACACCCACAAUUCAGCUACACCGAGGAGCAUGGCAUGGGGGACAUCGCCCUAAUUCAGCUGGACAGACGUGUCAGCUUCACUGACCUCGUCCUUCCAAUCUGCCUUCCCAAACCUGGAGACCCCCUGGGUCCUGACACAUGGUGCUAUGUUACCGGCUGGGGGACCAUUGGCGAAAAUAUUCCUCUUCCACCACCUUUCACCCUGAAGGAGCUUGCCGUGCCCAUCAUUGACAGACAGACCUGCGAGAACUACUACCAGGAAGGCUCCAGCCUCAACCAGGGAAUGAUCAUCCAAGAUGACAUGCUCUGUGCUGGCUUCGAGGAAGGCAAGAAGGAUGCCUGUGGGGGUGAUUCCGGAGGGCCUCUGGUCUGUGAGAUUGGUGGCCUCUGGGCUCAGGCUGGAGUGGUGAGCUGGGGGUUUGGCUGUGGCCUCCCCAAGAAGCCUGGCAUUUAUACUAACGUGAGCUUCUACACAACGUGGAUCAGAAACACCAUAGGAAACUCAGGUCAUAAUUCUGCAAACUUCUCUCCAAGCUGGACGUCCAUCCUCCUCUUUGCCCCGUUGCUGCUUCAGGGACUGCUUGGCUAG